AUGCAGUUCAAGUCGACCUUUGCCGCCCUCGUCCUUGCCGCCGCUGGUCUCGUGCAGGCUGCUCCGCUCCAGGAGCGUGCUGGCUGUUCGUCGUACGUCAUCAUCAACACUCGCGGUACCAGCGAGCCUCAGGGUCCCUCGGUCGGCUUCCGCACCAUGAACACCCGCAUUCGCUCCGCCGUUUCGGGUGGCUCCGAAUACGACACCGUCUACCCAGCCGGUAUCGACCAGAACUCGGCCCAGGGUACUGCCAACAUCGUGGCCCAGGUCAAGGCCGGUCUGGCCCGCAACCCCAACACGUGCUUCCUCCUCGAGGGCUACUCCCAGGGUGCCGCUGCCACCUGCAAUGCCCUUCCUCAGCUUACUGGUGCGGCGUUCGACGCCGUCAAGGGUGUCAUUCUUAUCGGCAACCCCGAACACAAGCCCAACCUCGCUUGCAACGUCGAUGGUAACGGUGGCAAGACCACCUUCAGCGCUAGAGGUAUCUCGGCUGCUUUCACCCAGGGCGUCCCCUCCAACUGGGUCUCCAAGACGCUCGACAUCUGCAUCUACGGCGACGGAGUUUGCGACGUCAGCUCCGGAUUCGGAAUCACCCCCCAGCACCUUACCUACGGAUACAACACCAACGUUCAGACCAUGGGCGCCAACUUCGGUAUCAAGGCUCUUCAGGGAUAA